AUGUCCUUGAUCAGAUCACUGAUGGCCGAUGAUCACGAAGAUGAUCCUAUUUUCGGGUCUUACAUGCAGUCUAUGAGGCACAUGAAUGAUAUGAUGAAUUCCAUGUUCAGCGAUCCGUUUAGCAUGCUGGGUUAUCCCAGUCAUAAUGCCAUCACUGAUGGUAGUCAUAGAACUGGAGUUCGUCAUCCAAAUAAUCACCAGUUAAUGCCAUUUGGGUUCCCUCCAAUGCCAAUGUUUAACAUGGGCAACGUACUUGCCGACUUCGAUCAAAUGGCAGCCGGCGGCAACUGUCAGACAUUUACAUCUAAAUCUGUAAUGACCAGAGGUCCUGAUGGUCGUCCGCAAGUAUAUCAAGAAACCAUGUCAACGACCAGUGCUCCUGGAGGUGUGAAGGAGACUAAGAAAACUGUUUGCGAUUCUCGUACCGGACUGAAGAAAAUGGCUAUUGGACAUCAUAUCGGAGAGAGGGCACAUAUUUUAGAAAGAGAACAUAAUCUUCGUAACGGUGCCCAAGAAGAACAUCAGGAAUUUAUCAAUCUUGAAGAAGAUGAAGCUGAAAGUUUCAAUAACGAAUGGGAAACGCUCACUCGCCACGGUCAUGGUACAAGUCAUCGAACUCGGCCUGCUCAUAGGCAGCUGGCUCUACCGGAUGCAUCGGCAAGUCGAUACUCUAGUUCCUCGAGGUGGACACCUUCUCCUAGACGUAGUUUAAAAUUGCCACCUACUUCCAAGACAUACACCCCGAGUCACAGUCCAAGUUCAAACUCAUCCGGUCGUAAUCAAUCUACCAAGUCUCCACCAGCAACAGCAGCAGCAGCAGCUGUAAUAGGGAACCGGAAACGUAAACAUGUACCGGACGAUAAAGAUUCGAAAAAGUGUCACGUCGUAUCAGAUAGUAAUGUUUAGAUAUAUUCUACUCGACUAUUUAAUCAUGUUCCAACGACGCUGCAGAACUUGAGCAAAAACUUUUGCCUCAUCCGAUUCGAGAUUCGAAGAGAGAAGUUUUUUUACAAAUAAUUUAAUUUCUUAUACAUGGCGUUUCAAUGUAUGUACAUUCAAAUGAAUUGUAGUACGCCAGUUAUCGUACCGUAAGUAGCUGCUUCUUCUAUCUGAAAGGAUUCCUUUUUAGAUCGUAGGCACUUUACCGAAGUUACGCUACAAUUACUUGACAUUUUAUAUACAUACAAACACACACUUGGAGUCUGUGAAAGGAUAAAAUAUAUGUGUAGGAGCUCUACGAAUUGUACACUCUAUAUUCAAUCAUGUAUAAAAAGUAAGAGAGUAAAAAUGUCAAAACACAGACUUUUAAAUGUUUCUCUAUUACUUAAUUAUUAUUAUUAUUAACGUACAAGUAUAGAUUUGUAGUCUAUAAAAGGAUAAAAUAUAUGUGUAGGAGCUCUACGACUUGUACACCCUAUAUUCACCAUGUAUAAAAAGUACAAGAGUAAAAAUGUCAAAACACAAACUUUUAAAUGUUUCUCUAUUACUUGAUUAUUAACAACAAAGAGUAGAAAGUUUUGUUUGUGGUCAAAGUUCAAAUUAAUAAGUUCGCCACCCUCUGUGGUCAAGUAUUUUAUUCAAAGAGACUGUGUUUAACGAGACUUUAACUGUAAUUUUCAAUGUUGAAAAGGCUGAAAAGGCACUCGGUUUUUAACACAUGUUCAAAAUUAUAGUUUUGUUGACGAACGAGAUGAAACGUAUUUUGGGCUAAUGUGUUUAUCAAUAAAUGUACAAUUAAUGUAA